CGCUCGGCUGCACACUCCGUCCCGUGCUGCUCUCCGGUUGGCUGCUGUGGACGCGGGAGCGCGGGCACCAGGGAUCUCAGAGUGACAGUCAGAGCUUCCACGUCAACACAGCGAGCAGCGGCGGCGAUGGAGUCCUCGUCUCUGGAACCUACCCUCUACACAGUGAAAGCUGUUUUCAUUCUUGACAAUGAUGGCAACAGACUUCUGUCAAAGUAUUAUGACCCUGAGCUCUACCCCUCCAUGAAAGAGCAGAGGAGCUUCGAGAAGAACAUUUUCAACAAGACACACAAAGCAGACAAUGAGAUAGCUUUCCUGGAGGGGAUGACUAUUGUCUAUAAAGGCAGUAUAGACCUUUUCUUCUAUGUGGUGGGAAGUGCUCAAGAGAAUGAGCUGAUGCUAAUGUCAGUGCUGAACUGCCUGUUUGAGUCCCUCACUCACAUCCUCAGGAAAAAUGUGGAGCGGAGAUGUUUACUUGAUAACAUGGAAGGAGUGUUCCUAGUUGUGGAUGAAAUUAUUGAUGGAGGGGUGAUUUUGGAGAGUGAUCCCCAGCAGGUUCUACAGAAGGUCAACUACAGGGCGGAUGAGAACCCAUUAUCUGAACACAGCGUUGCUCAGCACAUAACAGAGAAACUGGCCUUGACCUCUAACGUUCUGCAGUCAGCCAAGGAGCAGAUCAAAUGGUCUAUACUGAAAUGACGUGGACCAGACAAAUUUAGGAUUCAUAUGAAUUGUCCUUGAGAAUGUUUCUUGUACCAAAGCUAUUUUUGUAGUAACAGAGUAAAGGGAAGCUCAUCACGAGCCUGUUGGGUAGUAGGCUGCUUUAUAUAAAAAUUAACCAGUGCACUGGCAUUUUGUUACAUUGUGGUAGGUUAAUGUAGUAGGUUUGGGAUCGAUCGUUGUCUAUACACACGUGGAGAGAUGUUAUUUACAUUUAUAGAAGCUAAAUGAAUCCCGGCUCUUCACUCUUAAGUUUCUCAGUAAUUUAAAGUAGAGUCUUUCCGGGCUUCUGCUGAAAACCGGGCAGCUGUCAAAAACUAAUCGAGCAUACUGGAAGCUUUUUUUAUUGCUUUUAUUUUGGUGGAGCAGGAUCUUCCAGUCUUAAUCAAUCACAUGUUUGCAUGUUGUUGAUGUGCAAACAUUUUCAGAUUAUACAGCUCUAGCCCCAAAAUGUUACAUGUCCAAAUGAUCAUGGAACGCUUUUGUUUCCAGCAUCAACAUAAACGACACAAGGCUGCCUCCUGUGAAUUGUUACUGUUUGGGAGUCAGUAUUUGAUCUAAAGAUUAAAAUAAGGAAGGCUAAUCUGGGAAAUAAAAAUUAACACACCACAAUGUUAAAUUAUGCACCCUGACAUGAUUUGUGAACUAAACUGCUCAGUUUAGUAAAGAUGCAGAUGUUCUGACUUUGUGAAGGCUCCGUAAACAACCUUUCUGAUUUGUAAAGUUUAUUUAAAGACUGUAAAUGAAUGUAAAGAUAAUAACACUAAAAAAAAAUGACAUUAUGUGUUGGAGGCAGUAUGUUACUGUUGCACUGUCAGAAACUUUAUUAAAACUUCCCUUUGAAUAGAAUUGCCACAUGACGAUAAGUUCAUAUCUGCACAUAUAAUGGAUUUUAUAAUAAAAGGGACCUAAAACUGAUGUAUGUUUUAAGUCAAAAGUAUUAUAGAUAUUAAAUAAGAGUUGGUAAAAAGAAGAAAUAGCCAAAGACAAAGUCAUAAUUUUGUUUACAUUGGUAUUAAAAGAAGCUGUUAUUUUGUUAAGCUAAUAUUUGUGAGGCUGUUAAUAAAACUGUGGUCGUUUCAAA